GUCAAAGAUUGUGCUUGGCCCACUCGGCGGGAGAUAAAGGGGCACGGGACGCAGAGAGGCGGCGCAGAAGCCGGUGGGUCUGUGCUCGCUGCUCCACGCCGCAGACCCGCGAAGAUGAGGCUCGCCGUCCGCGCCCUGCUAGCCUGCGCGGUCCUGGGGCUGUGUCGGGCUGUCCCCGACAAAACGGUGAGAUGGUGCACCAUCUCAAGUCAGGAGGCCAGCAAGUGCUCCAGUUUCCGUGACAGUAUGAAAAAAGUCCUUCCUGAGACGGGCCCUCUUGUCACCUGUGUGAAGAAAAGCUCCUCCCUUGAGUGCAUCAAGGCCAUCACGGCAGAUGAAGCCGAUGCUGUGACGUUGGAUGCAGGUUUCGUGUUUGAGGCUGGCCUGGCUCCCUACAACCUGAAGCCUGUAGUGGCAGAGAACUAUGGGACAAAAGAAAACCCCGAAACCCGCUAUUAUGCCGUGGCCUUGGUGAAGAAGGGCAGCAACUUCCAGCUGAACCAGCUCCAAGGCAGGAAGUCCUGCCACACAGGCCUUCACAGAUCCUCUGGCUGGAACAUCCCCAUUGGCACACUUUACUGGCAAUUGCCUGAGCCACGUGAACCUCUUGAGAAAGCAGUGGCCAACUUCUUCGCGGGCAGCUGUGUCCCAUGUGCAGAUCAGACGGCCUUCCCCAAACUGUGUCAACUGUGUGCGGGGAAAGGGACAGACAAGUGUGCCUGCUCCACCCAGGAACCAUACUUUGGCCCCGCCGGUGCCGUCAAGUGUCUGAAGGAUGGUGCUGGGGACGUGGCCUUUGUCAAGCACCCAGCGGUACUGGAGAACCUGCCACACCAGGCUGACAGGGACCAGUAUGAGCUGCUCUGCAAGGACAACACCCGGAAGCCAGUGGACAAAUAUGAGGAGUGCCACCUGUCCAGCGUCCCUUACAAUGCUGUGGUGGCCCGAAGCAUGGGUGGCAAGGAGGACCUGAUCUGGGAGCUUCUCAACCAGGCCCAGGAACAUUAUGGCACAGGAAAAUCUGCAGACUUCCAGCUCUUCAGCUCCCCUCAUGGCAAAGACCUGCUGUUUACGGACUCUGCCCAUGGGUUGUUGAAGAUUCCCUCUAAGAUUGACUCCUGGAUGUACCUGGGAUAUGAGUAUGUCACUGCUAUCAGGAAUCUUAGGGAAGAGACACGCCAGGAUACCUCAAAGGAUGUGUGCAAGAAGGUGAAGUGGUGUGCAAUAGGCCACCAUGAGAGGGCCAAGUGCGAUGAGUGGAGCGUAAACAGUGGAGGGAAAAUAGAGUGCGAAUCGGCGGAGACCACUGAAGACUGCAUUGCCAAGAUCAUGAAAGGAGAAGCUGACGCCAUGAGCUUGGAUGGAGGUUUCAUCUACAUAGCGGGCAAGUGUGGUCUGGUGCCUGUCCUGGCCGAGAACUACAAAAUUCAUGGCCCUGCGUGUAUAAACACACCGGAGAAAGGAUAUUUUGCUGUGGCCGUGGUGAAGAAAGCAGAUAAGGACCUCAACUGGAAUUCUCUGGUAGGCAAGAAGUCCUGUCACACUGCAGUAGACAGAACUGCUGGUUGGAACAUCCCCAUGGGCCUGCUCUACAGCAGGAUCAACCACUGUCAAUUCGAUAAAAUUUUCAGUGAAGGCUGUGCCCCUGGGUAUGACCGAAGCUCCAGUCUCUGUGCUCUGUGUAUUGGCUCGGCCAGUGGUCCAGGAAAGGAGUGUGAGCCCAACAACAAUGAGAGAUACUAUGGCUACACGGGGGCUUUCAGGUGCCUGGUUGAGAAAGGAGACGUGGCCUUUGUGAAAGACCAGACUGUCAUUCAGAACACUGGGGGAAAGAACACUGAUGAUUGGGCUAAGAAUCUGAAGGAGGAAGACUUUGAGCUGCUAUGCACUGAUGGCACCAGGAAGUCUGUGUCCCAGGCUGAAACGUGCCACCUCGCCCGAGCCCCAAAUCAUGGUGUGGUCGCAAGGGAAGAUAAGGCAGCUUGUGUUCGUCAGAUGUUACUUAACCAGCAGGAGGAAUUUGGAAAAAAUGGAACUGUCUGCUUGGGCGACUUUUGUAUGUUCCAAUCUAAAACCAAGGACCUUCUGUUCAGGGAUGACACAAAAUGUCUGGCCAAUCUUCAGGACAAAACUACAUAUGAAUCCUACUUAGGAGCAGAGUAUGUCACGGCCGUGUCUAACCUGAAACAAUGCUCAACUUCGAGUAAGAACUACCACUCCCGUGAUGCUCCGCUUCAGACGUCUGCGCAGCGCCUAGAGACACGUUGCUUUUGCGGCGCUGGAGACCACGCAUCUCACAUGGCUUCCGCGGACUCCCGGCGAAUGGGGAAUGGUGGCGGUGUCGGGGGAGCCUUCCAGCCCUACCUAGACUCCUUGCGGCAGGAGCUGCAGCAGAGCGACCCGACGCUGCUGUCAGUCGUGGUGGCGCUUCUCGCGGUGCUGCUGACGCUAGUGUUCUGGAAGUUCAUCCGGAGCAGAAGGAGCAGUCAAAGAGCUGUUCUUCUUGUUGGCCUUUGUGACUCCGGGAAAACAUUACUCUUUGUCAGAUUGUUAACGGGCCUUUACAGAGACACUCAGACUUCCAUCACUGAUAGCUCUGCUGUGUACAGAGUCAACAAUACCAGGGGCUCUAGCCUAACCUUGAUUGACCUCCCUGGCCAUGAGAGCUUGAGACUUCAGUUCUUAGAGCGGUUUAAGGCUUCUGCAAGGGCUGUCGUGUUUGUUGUGGAUAGUGCAGCCUUCCAGCGAGAGGUGAAAGAUGUGGCUGAGUUUCUGUAUCAAGUCCUGGUUGACAGUAUGGGUCUGAAAAACUCCCCAGCAUUCUUAAUUGCCUGCAAUAAGCAAGACAUUACAAUGGCAAAAUCAGCAAAGUUAAUUCAGCAGCAGCUUGAGAAAGAACUCAACACUUUACGAGUCACCCGUUCUGCUGCCCCCAGCACACUGGACAGUUCCAGCCCUGCCCCUGCUCAGCUGGGAAAGAAAGGCAAAGAAUUUGAAUUCUCACAGUUACCCCUCAAAGUGGAGUUCCUGGAGUGCAGUGCCAAGGGCGGACGAGGGGACACUAGCUCGGCGGACAUCCAGGACGUGGAGAAAUGGCUGGCUAAAAUCGCCUGACGGGCAGCUCCAACACGCAAGACGGGAACGUGUAUGUGGUGACUGGCAGUUUUGGAAAAGGUUGUAGCUAGAAACAUUUCUUUGUUCUGGAAACAAAUUAUUGUUAAAUCCAACUUGGAAUUUUUUUUUUUUUUAAGUUCAGUUCCCCUUGUUUCUUUCAAACUAGGUGCUUUUAUUUCAUUUGUGUGCCUUCCCUUUGUUAAAGUGGGUGUGACGUCCCUUUAGUGUCUGCUUGCUGUUGGGUCGAGGUCUUUGUGACCCGAACAAGUGGACUCCACAUAGAGAAGAUAUUAUCAAAAGAACAUGGUUAUCAUCUGAAAAGUUUUCUUGUCUUGUGCUUUGGUCCCUUUUUCCUGGAAACAAACCUGUCUAUGUAUGAAACCAGUUGAUUUCCAGUUGCCCUUGGGAUUCGUAGACAGUCUACCAUCUAGUCCUCUGUGACUUCUCAGAUGUGUAGGUACAAUUACAGUGUCUCGCAACAUGUGAAGACGGGGAGAAAACAGCAAGGCUGUGCUGCCAGUGCGUCUGUGCUUCAUCAGCUCGGUGACUUGUCCCCACUCCGGCCUCAUAGCAGUGAAGUUUCAAAAACAUGUCCUGAACCCUGGAGUCAUUCCCAGAUGAUAGGCCUGUACGUGCUGAGUCCCCUCACGCCAGGGGCCUCGUGUGUCCUCAUGGUUUCCUCUGACUGGGGAGUAUGUGGACAUGUAGAGGCUGUUCGGUUUUUCUGGGCAUCCGAGGGCUCCGAGCUGUCUUCAUGUACUGUUUGCUCAGCUCCUAU